AUGGCGGCAGGGGUGGCCGGGUGGGGGGUUGAAGCGGAGGAGUUCGAGGAUGCGCCUGAUGUGGAGCCGCUGGAACCCACGCUCAGCAACAUCAUCGAGCAGCGCAGCCUGAAGUGGAUCUUCGUCGGGGGCAAAGGCGGCGUUGGCAAGACCACCUGCAGCUGCAGCUUAGCGGUCCAGCUAUCCAAGGGACGGGAGAGUGUUCUUAUCAUUUCUACGGACCCAGCCCACAACAUUUCCGAUGCUUUUGACCAGAAGUUCUCCAAGGUGCCCACCAAGGUCAAAGGCUAUGAAAACCUCUUUGCCAUGGAGAUUGACCCCAGCCUCGGAGUGGCAGAGCUGCCUGAUGAGUUCUUUGAAGAGGACAACAUGUUGAGCAUGGGCAAGAAGAUGAUGCAGGAGGCCAUGAGCGCUUUCCCAGGCAUUGACGAGGCCAUGAGCUACGCAGAGGUCAUGAGGCUGGUGAAGGGCAUGAACUUCUCAGUGGUGGUGUUUGACACGGCGCCCACGGGUCACACGCUGAGGCUGCUCAACUUCCCCACCAUCGUGGAGCGGGGCCUAGGCCGCCUCAUGCAGAUCAAGAACCAGAUCAGCCCCUUCAUCUCACAGAUGUGCAACAUGCUGGGCCUAGGGGAUAUGAACGCAGACCAGCUGGCCUCCAAGCUGGAAGAGACGCUGCCUGUCAUCCGCUCUGUCAGCGAGCAGUUCAAGGAUCCUGAACAGACGACUUUCAUCUGUGUGUGCAUCGCCGAGUUCCUGUCUCUGUACGAGACAGAGCGGCUGAUCCAAGAGCUGGCCAAAUGCAAGAUCGACACGCACAACAUCAUUGUCAACCAGCUCGUCUUCCCCGACCCUGAGAAGCCCUGUAAGAUGUGUGAGGCCCGCCACAAGAUCCAGGCCAAGUACCUGGACCAGAUGGAGGACCUGUAUGAAGACUUCCACAUAGUGAAGCUGCCUCUGCUUCCCCAUGAAGUGCGGGGGGCGGACAAGGUCAACACCUUCUCUGCCCUCCUCCUGGAGCCCUACAAGCCGCCCAGCACCCAGUAG